AUGGGAUCAUUAACUCCGUACGGAGUGACAGUUAAUGCACUUCGGAAUGGACUCAAUCAAGGAGUUUCAGCGCUCAAAUAUGAUGAAAAUCUUAAAUUUGUGGUCGGUGCGAUUGGCGGCGAAAAUUUUGAAGAACGCUGGUCGACGGGGGAAAGAAGGGAAAUGAGCAGAUCGAGUAUGGCGGCGCUCGUUGUGGCGGAAGAAGCGUUGACCAACGCGAAUGCUGUCGAUAUUGAUCAUACGGAGACAAUGGUGAAUAUUGGAACUUGUAUGUCGGAUUUGAUGCAUAUCGGAGAAACUGCGGCGAAAGUCAAUCAGAAUCAAGCAAGAAAAAUAUCGCCGUAUUUUGUUCCACGAAUUCUUAACAAUCUUCCCGCUGGAUAUGUUGCAAUGAAGUACAAAAUGAAGGGCGACGUUGAAGCGACCUCGACGGCUUGUGCAACCGGAUUACAUUGUAUCGGCAAUGCUUUCCGCGCAGUUCGCCACGGGUAUUCCCGACGAGCCGUCGCUGGUGCUGUCGAGUGCGCGCUGAAUCCGAUCGCGUUAGCUGGAUUUGACAGAAUGCGGGCUUUGGCGAAAGGUGCAACACCCGAAAUUAGUCGGCCGUUUGACAAGAAAAGAGGCGGAUUCGUGCUCAGCGAGGGGGCAGGAGUGUUGUUCAUUGAGCGAUUCGACGAUGCAAAGGCCAGAAAUGCCUCGAUUUUGGCGGAAAUCAUCGGCUAUGGAACCUCGUCGGACUGCCAUCAUAUCUCAACACCAGAUCCUUCUGCGAUCGGAGCAAUUCUUUCAAUGAGACGCGCAAUCCAAGAUGCUAGAAUUGACGUCAAUGAUGUUGAAUACGUGAAUGCUCACGCGACCUCAACCCCAACUGGGGAUACUGUCGAAGCAAAAGCCGUUCGAAAUGUCUUUGAAGGCCAGAGUAUUGCGGUUAGCAGUAUCAAAGGUCAUAUAGGGCAUCUUCUCGGCGCUGCCGGAUCUGUUGAAACCAUUGCCACCGUUCUCGCGGCUGUUGAUGGUGUUUUACCGCAAAAUUUGAAUCUUGAAGAAUCUGAGGACGGCGAUGGCAUAGAUCUUUUGAAGACCACGAAACCCUGGACCAGUUCCAAUCGAAUCGCAAUUUGCAAUUCAUUUGGCUUUGGCGCCACAAAUGCUAGUCUCCUUAUAAAACGGGUGUAA